CUUUAUCUCUUUAUAACACUCUACACUACUUGUUCUUCCUUGGGAGAUAGCAUUCUCCCACUGGUUUCUUACAAGAUACUAAUCCUGUGCGGUUAUUUAGAUCAUAGUUCUCAUCUCAGAUCCUUAACCACUAACAUCCUUAAAAGAGGCCACAUAACAUAUUUGUGGUGUUGGGUCUGGGUUUGGCAACACAGGAUGAUCACUUUUGUCCCAUCAGGCCAGUUAGGUCCACAUAUUGGCAGGGCUGCAGGGUUGCAAAGGAUCUGAACCAUCACCUAUCUGCCCUCAGUAUUCCCUUUGAAGGCCAUGCACAAAGAUCUAGUGCAGAGUCAAAACUGACAGUGCUUUGCCCAGGCACCCAGGAGGGUGGGCUCCUGCCACUGCACUCUGAGGAAGAAACGCAUAGAAUACACGCAUCAUAGAUAGCACCAUUGUGUGCUCAGAGCAUGUCACUGGGGUGGUGCUAGCAGAGCUGUGCUGCUGCUACGUGCUGAAGUACAGCUCACUUCACAGUGAACUGGCUGUGCUCUCCUGCUUUUUAGAUACAAGAGUUGCCUUUUUUUCUUUAAUUAUAGAAUUUGGGAGUCAGAUAUCAGUUAAAGGGAAGGGAAGAGAGGGAAGAAGAUUCGUGGGCGACCCUAGGCUCCAAUAAUGGAGGAAGAAAUCAAUUAUGGUGCCCAGACAAUGAACAUCCCCAGAAGGAGACGCUGGUACACCCGCCUGUGGCAUUCAUGUCUGGAUCUUAGAUGCAUGCAUCCUCAGAAAAAGAAGAAAUAUCCCCUCUACUUGAUUGGCUAUGAUCCUAUAGGUCCAUUACAACGAGCGGCCAGCGUGGGUGACCUUGAUACAACAGAGAAGUUAAUCCACUCCAGUCAACAUCAUGUGGAUGAAUCUGAUAGAAGGAAAAGGACUUCGCUGCAUUAUGCAUGUGCCCACAACCAUCCAGACGUGGUGACACUAUUAUUAGAAAAUAAUUCCAGCAUUAACAUCCGGGAUGAUGAAGGCUGCACACCCUUGAUUAAGGCCACCCAACGAGACAAUGUGGAUUGUGCUUCCGUAUUGCUCACCCACAAUGCGGAUCCAAAUCUGAUAGAUUUCAGUGGGAACACAGCCUUACACCAUGCUAUAUCCAGGGGUAACUUAAGGAUUGUAAAAAUGCUCCUUGAGCACAACGUAGACAUUGAAGCCAAAACAGAGUAUGGCUUGACACCAUUGCAACUUGCAACAUUUGAACAGAAACCUGAAAUGGUAGAAUUUUUAGCAGCAAAGUGUGCAAAAAGCUCAGUGACCCCCUCCUGGUCACCCAGUCCCACAGUCUCUCCCUGCCCCUCCUCCACUUCACCUCUGAGCAGUUUGGGACUCCAUGUAUGUCCAAACCCUGGCACUUCGUCUCUCUCUGAGGACAGAAAAAGUAGCUCAGCUAGAAGAAUAAAACUGAGUACUGGAUCGUCAGCUCAGAGAACUGAAGUGAAGCAUGUCAGGUUCAAUGAAGAAGUCUUAUACUUUAAAGAGGAAAGGCCUUUGUCCUGUGAAGCAAGACCACCAGGACAGCUUAAAUCUAUCUUGAAAAACACUGUCCAGUAUAAUACAGUUAAUGAGAAAAUUACAAGAAGAACAUCACUGUGGUGUUCAAAAGGAGAAGAUGUCAGGUAUACUUCCUGUAUCAAGGUGCGAGGAAAUAAACCACCUAUUUUCCGUCCCUUUCCUCGGAAGCAUAGAAUUCAUGUGCUUGAGGCUCCUGGUGACAUUGAGCCAACUCAAUCCACCUGUGCUGCUGACUGCAGGGCUCCUGCUGAUGCUGAGCCAAAUUCUUCCACCUGUGCUGCUGUCAAUGGGGCUCCUGUUAAUGUUGAGCCAACUCCUUCACAACUUGCUCCUCACAGUGGUGCUCCUGCUGAUGUUGAGCCAACUACUUCCCAGUGUGCUCCUGACUGUGAGGAUCCUGCAGUCAUUGAGCCAACUCAUUCCACCUGUGCUGCUGACAGCAGGGCUCCUGCUGACAUAGAACCAACUCCUUCACAACUUGCUCCUGACAGGGGUGCUCCUGCUGAUGUUGAGCCAACUCAUUCCACCUGUGCUGCUGACACCAGGAUUCCUGCUGACAUAGAACCAAGUCCUUCACAAUGUGCUCCUGACAGUCCUGCUCCUUCUGAUAUUGAGCAAAUUACUUCCCCAUGUCCUUCUGACAGUUCUGAAUCUGAUGAAAAAUAUGACUUAGAAACAGGUGAGGAACCCAGUCCUGUUGCUGACCUAGAUGAAGAUAUAGCUGAGGAUUUUUAUGACGCUUUAGAGUCAGCUGAUCUCACUGGCCAUAGCGGGUCCACUGUCCAGGUACCUGGUUUUCUUUGGGAACCAGAUAUGCUACUGCUGCCAGUAAUGCCCUUGAUGUGGUUUUUUACAUUCCUGUUAUCAAUGAUGAUGUGGAUUAGAAAUGGAAUUCCCAAGUGUGCUAUGAAGAAAAUGGCCAAGGACCUCCCUCCAAGAGAAAAGAUAAACCCGGUAAGGUGGACCACAGUAGUUGCUUAAAAUAGAUGAACUUUUAUUUUAGAUAGAAAAGUAGAUAUCUUUGAUACUAAUAGUCAUGAUUAAUACAUUUCAUGCUAUUUAAGCAUUACCUAGAAUCAGAAAACAUUGUUUCCUUUUCCCAACUUAUUGAAAAUACUUCACAUAGUGUAACAAAACCAGUUUAGACCAACACAACUGACCAUGGUACUUGGUUGUCUCCCAUCCUGGAAUGAGGUAAUUUUUUUUCACUCCCAUUGAAAACAUUAGUUUCUGUUAAACAUUGGUGUCUAUUUAUCUCUGCUCUUCUGAACUCUGACUUGUGAGGAUAGUAUCAGCCUGGAAACAAACAUUCCAAAGGAAGCGACAUCUGAGAAUAAAAUUAACAAAACAA